AUGUAUAGUUACAUAAAAUACAUGAUUAUUCUCUAUGAAGAAAAAAGAAGACAUGAGGAAGUGCAAAGAGUUAAUCAGUCGGAGACCGCCCAAGGGCAAAAUGAGACAGAAUCAAUUAACUCAUCCGUCAACUCUUCGUCCAAUGCAUCAUCCGAAGGUAUUUCGUGCAACAUUUGGACUCGUUUUAAACGCAUUACCGAUAGAAUUAUGUCCGAAAAAAAAUUAACUUUGGAUGAAGUAUGCAAUAGAAUAGCAAUUGAAAUUAGUGAUUAUGGCAUAGGAAAGAUUUGCGCACAAACUGUGAAAAAUUUUUAUCAUAAGAAUAACUCUCAUAGUAUUAGGAACACAUUUCCUAAAACCUUUGCAGAGGAAGUUCUAGAAACCUAG